AACUCUUGGUGGAUCAAUAUACAUUAUACAAUAAAAGUGGAGACCUUUCGUACUGUCUUUUAUAUUACAUCAGGUUUUGGAAUUGGUAGAUGAACCUUGUAGUACUAGAGAGUAAUGUUUUCGUGUGAUUAUUAACAAUUUAAAUUAUAGUCAACCAUACGUUAUAUUGAAAAAUUCUAUAAACAUGAAGUUGUGGACAUCACACCAUACUUUUGAUCAUCCAUGGGACACUGUUGUGAAAGCAGCAUGCAGAAAGUAUCCAAAUCCUUUAAACCCAUCGGUUUUGGGUACAGAUGUCAUCGACAGAGAAGUCAGGGACGGUGUUCUCUAUUCUCAUAGAUUGGUCACCACUCAAUGGCGUUUUCCUAAAUGGCUAUCACCAUUCUUCGGUCAUCAAGGUCCAUACUACGCCAGCGAAUGGAGCGAAGUAAAUCCAGAAUCUAAAGAAAUGGUAGUCCGAACGGUAAACAUAAGCUUGGGGAAGCACGUUUCGGUCGGUGAAGUAGUCACGUAUUCACCACAUCCAGAGAAUCCGGAGACAACGCUUUUAACACAACAGGCAGUAAUUUCUAUCCAAGGGGUGCCGCUCAUAGACCAUCUAGAAAGGUUACUGACACUAACGAUCGAACAAAACGCGAAUAAGGGACGACAAGCAGUGGAAUGGGUCAUCGAGAAACUCCAAUUAGAAGUGAAAGAUAUCGCGUCCACUGCCGCGAAAUCGACAGACGACUUACUCAAUCAAACGCGUCGGCAAUUCGAUGACAUCACGAAUAUUACGAAACAGGGCAUGGAAGAUAUUCAAAACGUAGCGAAGAAGUCAUUCGAUGAGUUUCAGAAUUUGACAGUACCACCUCCGUCACAGUCGAUACCAAAGUUAUAGCUAAUAUAUCACGCUAGCUUCAAUCUCUUUAACUAACGCCAUGUAAUCUUCGAUGGAACGAUUGUAAAUGAAAUAAAACGAUUCGAUGAGAAACAAUUCCCUUCACUAUAGUUUCGGUGCUAUUUCCAAAAGUAUACACGGGAGGGACGGAAUUAACAAUUUUUAUAUUGUUGCCCAAUAACUGUACAGCCAAUAAGAUUGAUGAGUUAAUCUAUUGAACUGUUAUCAGUUAGAAGACUAUUUUAUCAAAUGUAUAAAUAUCAAAUUAUAUAAAUGAAUUUUUCAUAUGGAUAUAAUAUAUUUUUUAGAGCUCAGAGAGAGACUUGAUAAUUUUCGAAUGAAGGAAUAGAGGUGUUGCAAACAAGGUUAUCGGUGAAAGUACAAAAUAACGUUAGUUUACUAAUUUAUAUAGAAAUAAAAAAGAAACAUUUUUUACCGUCAAUCGUUCCGCAGAAGUCGCUUUAGUAAAAGAGAUGUGGCUGCGGUAGUUAAUGAAAAAGAGAUAACUGAUAAUAUCACGGCUCAAUAUUAAAAGGAUUCGUUUUUGCAGAAAUUCUGUUGAAAGCAACUUGCUAACGAGAAAGUCAUUGAAAAUAUAACAGUAACGUAUUUUAUAGACAGCUGGUAUGUUUUAUGUACGUGUUGUCUAUGAGACUGAUUGAACAUUUCACCAAACGCUUAUUUCUUUAGCUUUAUAUUUGUUUGAGUAUUAAGCCCACAGAAUUCUUUAAAACCAUGUCAAACGUUGUCUGAGGCAGUUGUGCCUUCAAACGUGUCUUCAACCUUAUACGUGUUCAAACUUAGUCUUGUCGUAGUGUCAGCGACGUAUCUUUCCUAUAGUUGC